AGACCGGCUUGCGGCCGAAACGUUCAAAGGUCUUGUGGCGCAUCUCCUGUAUUUUCUCCCGGUGUUUAGACACGGCCAGAUCUAUUCGAAUUAUUCGUUUGAUCAGUCAGUUGAAUUCGGGCAGGCGUGUGAUGAGGAUCGGUCUUGCUUUCUCGAUGUGGCAUUCCUUCUUUCGCAAGAGUCGGAAUAUCGGGCUUACGUGUGAGAUAACAGUGCAGUGAUCGCGGAAGAGUUAUUUUGCGAAGAUUCGAGAAGGGUGUGAUUACUGGAUUAAUCCUGCGAGUGGCUGCAAGAUAUCUGUAAAGGAAGGGGAGGAAGAGAAAGGACGCAUUAAGUGUGCCUUCGCGAUGUGUCAAUAAUCAAAAGAAUAAAGAGGAAAAUAGGAAAGCAGAAAACACUGUAGGUGCCUUCGUGGUGCCAGUAAAAGUAGCGAAAGAACGUUAUAAGUGCCUUUGCAAUAUCGCUGUGCCAAAAUGCUCGUUGACGAGAUGUCGCACAACUUUGUGAGAAAGAACAAUAAUUAUAAUUACAGUAACUGUCCGCUGAAGAAGCGGCCGUUUUAUUAUACGUCUGAGGACGAAGAAGAAACUCCUGAAGUCAUCAAAGAAGAGAUAAUCGAUGUAGGAAUGGACGAUAUUCCGGAGCCUGAGAACCUCAGUACCAAACCUGAGGAUCUCAGUAAGACCGCGCAUCGUCAUUAUACUCACAAUCAACAGGAACAACAACAACAACAACAACAAUCAGAACACCACCAUCAACAGGAACAACGCGUGCGUUCCAGAACGCCAUCGCCGAUUAUCAAGACGCCGCCGUCUCCGUCUCCGGCAAUACGGCCAUCCUCGCCGAUUCACCACGUUUCCCCGAUACAACACGUUCAUCCACUGCAUCAUUAUCAUCCUUAUCCGACCAAGGCGAUCACGCCGCCGGCGGGAAUCGCGCCAAUUCAUCCGAUGGCGAAGAAGGCGCGAGUUGAGGUGAUUCAACACAACGACUCUACGGCGACGCCGACGGCAGGUGUGACAGCGACGUCGACACCACUGCACUUCAUGGCGAGUAAAUCGCCUCUGGAACCACUGAAUCUUAACACCCCGGUAGAGCCGUUGGCUCAUUACGCUACUCCGGCCUGGGCCCAUGCGGCUCCGCUAUACCCGACGCAUUAUCUCGGCUAUCCGCACACCUAUCACCGUUAUCAACAUCCUGGAACGGAACUGUAUCCAUCGUACCCGAUGCCGGCGUACCCGCAUUCCUCACCGGAACACCAUCCGUCGGUUUCGCCACCACCCCACAGCGCUCUGACUUGCCCGACGAUCCAACGACCAAUUGCCAGGAGCUACGCUCACUGGCCCAGCCCGGAUCAUUGCGGCCUGUCGCCCACGAGUUCCGUAAGUUCCGGUCCUCUGCGGUCUCCUCCACCCGUUACUCCGGAGGACCUCUCGUCUCCCGGUAGCGAAAGUGGCAGGUCGUCCGCGGGUAGCACUUCCGCUGGCACGAUCGUGAACACGAAGAUCGAUAAGAGCAGUUCAAACGCCAACGCGAGCACGUCCGGCACGACGUCCCCCAGGUCGCCCAGAUACUCUUGCACGGACUGCAACAAGUCGUACUCGACGUACUCCGGUCUGUCGAAGCAUCAACAGUUUCAUUGCGCGGCCGCCCAGGGCCAGACGAAGAAGUCCUUCUCGUGCAAGUUCUGCCAGAAGCUCUACCUCAGCCUGGGCGCUCUCAAGAUGCACAUCCGGACACACACGCUGCCCUGCAAGUGCAGCUUGUGCGGUAAGGCGUUCUCCAGGCCAUGGUUGCUUCAGGGUCACAUCCGGACGCAUACCGGUGAGAAGCCGUUUAUCUGUCCGCACUGCAAACGCGCGUUCGCUGACAGGAGCAACCUCAGGGCCCACUUGCAGACCCACAGCGACGUUAAGAAGUAUUCUUGCGACAGGUGUAACAAGACAUUCAGCAGAAUGUCAUUGCUCACGAAGCAUCAGGAAGGUGGUUGUCCCGGCGUACCGGUGUCAGUCGGUUAUCCCUGAAGUUCCGCGUUUGUGUGAUCCGCGGGACGAACGUACGUUGCACGUUUUUAUUCCGCGGUCUCAAAGUGCCUUAGAAUGCAGUACAAACGACGAGAUAGUGAAACUCGGUAUAUUUUGGCGAUCCGCUCGCGAAGUAUUACCCUCGUAAUCCUUUCGCCAGAAAACUGUAUUCUUUCCGAAACUUUUGAGCUAAAGUCUUAUCUUCUUAUCUUAAGAACAGGUAUUUCGUCUUUUAUAAUUUCUGAAAAAAGUUGUCAGUUAUCAAAUUUUUAUGAUUUUGAUUAAUUUGCGACAGUGGCGAUAGGAUUACCAAUUCUGUGCACUCUAAAGUCAUAUCGAACGCAUGUAAUUAAGAAAUUUGAUUAGGAGAUGAGUGUUUUGAAAAGUUCCGUGAGGAUUGGUUUCGUUUGUUCAUUAUUAUUUACUGUAAAUACUGAUGUAUGAGUGUAUGACGUAUAGCGAAUCGCACAGUUCCACCUCAAUUGACUUCAAACGUUUAUGGUAUUUCUUUAGAAGAAACAUUAUGAGAUUUUAUUAUUUUGUUUAAUGAUAUAUCGAUAAAGAUAUAUUUCUAUUAUUUAUAAAUAUUAACCAUCUUUUUAAUGAUUAACAUUUUCUUUGAACCGUCUUUAAAUUUACAAUGCUUUUCAGCAUACUAUAAGUUAAACAUACACGCACAUACAUUUUGCAAAUAUAUAGAAGGUAUUACAUUUAGAAAAAAAGACUGAAAGAGAGAGGUAAUGCAAACUGAACUUGUAAAUAUUUUAAUUUUAGACAUGCACGAUUUAUACAAUAUGGAUAUUUUUGUGAUGUUAAUUUCUUGCUACUUAAGAUUUCUACUUAAUAUUUUUAUAUUUACCUACUUAUAUCUUUAUUUUGUAUUCUUUUACAUCUCAUAAUAUUUCUCCUAAAUAAUAAUUAUUUGAAGUCAAUAACUGAGAUAUUUUCGUAACUUAUUGUAAGUGUGUUAUAUCGUACUUAGAGAUUAUAUUUCGUCCUUUUGAGAAAUCGGUCAAGUCAAGCUAAGAGCACAUAUUGGAGAAUAUCCGAUGUAAAGAGCCGCUUUAUUACCAUGUGAUGCGGUCCCGUGAAACUGCUGUGCCAUUACCUGUUUCCUUUUCCAUUUGUUCCAAUGUACUCGAGCACGCAAAACGAAUCAAGACAAAGAGAUCAAUACAUAAAACGGUUUGCCCGCUUUCCUAAGUUUUGUUUCGUUUCGUUUUUCAGCGUGCGAGCGCACCUGCAUGCGUAUCGUUGAUAAAUGUACAUCGAUAAAUAGUAACACUUAAUUAUAUCGCUAGUAUCAUAUUUUUUCAGCUCUAUUGCAGAGAAAAAUGUUUCAAAAGAAUGAGGAAUAAAACGCUUAAUGUUACAAAAAUUUUAAAUUACAAUUACAAUUACAAUAUCCAAAAACAAAAUAUAUUUCGAGUUUAAUAAUCGAUAUAAGUCCUAAUAACUUAUCGAUGUAUAACAUC